UCGAUGGUAUUGUUGAUUUUGCCCUUAUAGAAACAGAAUUUCAAAAUAUUGUACAUUAAAGUAAAAUAUUAUAUCGAUUUAACUCUAUCAUUUAUUUGUUACAAUGUCUCGUAAGCGGGAUAUCUCCAAAGAGGAAAUAGCCAGGCAGUUCCUGCUGCCCGAAAGACAGUCCAAAAUAGACACCUUACUCAAACAAGACGGUCAGGCGUACUGCAUAUGUCGUUCUUCCGAUUCCUCCCGUUUCAUGAUAGCCUGUGACGCUUGCGAAGAAUGGUACCACGGGGACUGCAUAAAAAUAUCUGAGAAAGAAGCCAAGUUGAUCAAGCAGUACUUCUGUAUCCGCUGCAAGGAGGAAGAUUCCACCCUGGUCACCCGUUGGAAGACCAAGAGGGAACGGGAUGAAGCCAGCUCGGUCCAGAAUAAUUCUGAGGACCGCAAAUCGAGGAAAAGGAAAGAUCGAGGGGAGAAUAAGACGGAUAAGAAAACGAAGAAGUGCGGCGAGUGCAUGGGCUGUUACCGAACCGAGGACUGCGGUAGAUGCGACGUGUGCACCCGUAAAAACAGACACGGCUCGUCCAAGAAUAAGGAGCGGUGCAAGCAGAGAAUCUGCGUCAAUUCUCUAGGAGGGUUAGUAUGGUUUAGUAAUCGUUUCCGACGUUACUUCAUAGUUUUUAUUUACAGAGCGCGACGUAAGAGGAGGGAAUCGAGUUCCGACAGGGACCAAUCGUUCAACGAGCACUUGAAAACGGAUUACCCGAGGCAGUGCUACGGUCCGAAGUGCGUGAAUAGUGCACGUUACGGGUCUAAGUACUGUUCGGACCAGUGCGGUAUGGAUCUGGCGAAGACGAGGAUACUUCAGGUCUUGCCGCAGAGACUGCAGGAGUGGGCCUUGAGCCCCUCGGUUGCGGAAGAGAUGAACAUCAAAGCUCUCGAUCAAGUCAGAAAGCAGCAGGUCGAGGUGAAACAGAUACUUCAAGAACUGGACAAGCGCCACAGAGAGCUGGACUUCAUAGUAGAACGAGCGAAGAACGCCUCGAUCGACCCGAAUCAGGACAAUGACAACGACGAAGAUGCCGAAAUUUCCAUGUACUGCAUCACCUGCGGCCACGAGAUCCACUCCAAGACGGCCAUAAAGCACAUGGAGAAGUGCUUCAACAAGUACGAGUCGCAGGCAUCAUUCGGGUCCGUCUUCAAGACCAGAAUCGAAGGCAACAACAUGUUCUGCGACUUCUACAACUCCUCGAACAGGACGUACUGCAAGAGGCUGCGCGUCCUGUGCCCCGAGCACUGCAAGGACCCUAAGAUAAGCGAGUACGAUGUGUGCGGUUGCCCGUUGGUGACGAACGUCUUCUCCCCGACCGGCGAGUUCUGCAGGGCCCCGAAGAAGUCCUGCACCAAGCAUUACGUCUGGGAGAAGCUGAGACGGGCCGAGAUCGACCUGGAGAGGGUGCGGCAGUGGUUGAAGAUGGACGAGCUGUUGGAGAAGGAACGGCAGAUAAGGACGAGCAUGGCGAGCCGGGCGGGGGUCUUGGCGCUGAUGCUCCACAGCACUUACAACCACGAGCUCAUGGAGAGGAUCACGAAGGCGCAGGACCAGCAGAGCAUUCAGCGAGAGAUGGCGAAACGCAUGAAGAUGAAGCCGCGGUAUUCUUGAAAGGGGCGAAACUGUGGUACGGAAGGUGGCAAGCUUCAAUUUUGAUUAACUCUGUAUGAUUAUUAAAUAAUUAGUUGUCGCUAAUAAAAUUCGUAAUUUAGUGA